GUUACUAUUCUCACACGUCGUCCAUUAUUCAUCCAACAAAUAUUAUUGCCGCCGCCGCCGUCUAGCAAAUCGCAAUUCGAAGACCGUGACCAGUCAACUGACCGCCAGCUACUGUUGCAUUUAACAACCACAAACAUAAACAAUGUCUGAAUUCAACAAAAAGGAAGUUGACAUCAUUUAUAAGAAUUUGGUGUCUCUAUGUAGUGAUGUUCAUAUCAAACGUAUAUCACAAGAAGACAUUAAUUUACUGACAAAAAAAACCAAAACGCCUGAACUGAGAACAUUUAUAGAAGAGAAAUGUCUCGAUUUAUCUUACUUAAAAAGAAAUAAAGUGGAAAAAAAGAUGAAGAAAAAUCACAACCUGCGCUCUUCUUUCCAUGUACCCUCGACAAGCCAUCAAAACAUGUCAAAAUCAAACACUUCACAGCCUACUGCCAAACAAUCAUUAGCCUAUAUAAAAUUAGAAAAUCAAUUUGGUAAUUCGACAGUACCUGCUUCGCCAACACAAUUUGAAUUUCAAGAAAAAAAUAAAACUGUAACUAAAAAAACAAAAAAGAUGAAAAAAAAUCACGAUCCGCCCUCUUCUUUCCAUGUACCCUCGACAAGCCAUCAAAACAUGUCAAAAUCAAACACUUCACAGCCUACUGCCAAACAAUCAUUAGCCUAUAUAAAAUUAGAAAAUCAAUUUGGUAAUUCGACAGUACCUGCUUCGCCAACACAAUUUGAAUUUCAAGAAAAAAAUAAAAAUGUAACUAAAAAAACAAAAAAGAUGAAAAAAAAUCACGAUCCGCCAUCUUCUUUCCAUGUACCCUCGACAAGCCAUCAAAACAUGUCAAAAUCAAACACUUCACAGCCUACUGCCAAACAAUCAUUAGCCUAUAUAAAAUUAGAAAAUCAAUUUGGUAAUUCGACAGUACCUGCUUCGCCAACACAAUUUGAAUUUCAAGAAAAAAAUAAAAAUGUAACUAAAAAAACAAAAAAGAUAAAAAAAAAUCACGAUCCGCCCUCUUCUUUCCAUGUACCCUCGACAAGCCAUCAAAACGUGCCUAAAUCAAACCCUACUGCCGAACAAUCAUUAGCCUAUAUAAAAUUAGAAAAUCAAUUUGGUAAUUCGACAGUACCUGCUUCGCCAACACAAUUUGAAUUUCAAGAAAAAAAUAAAACUGUAACUAAAAAAACAAAAAAGAUGAAAAAAAAUCACGAUCCGCCCUCUUCUUUCCAUGUACCCUCGACAAGCCAUCAAAACGUGCCUAAAUCAAACCCUACUGCCAAACAAUCAUUAGCCUAUAUAAAAUUAGAAAAUCAAUUUGAUAACUGGACGGUACCUUCUUCAUCAAUACCAAACAAGUUUCAAGAACAAAAUAAAAAAGCAGCUAAUAAAUCGAAUAGGAUAAAGGAGAAACUAGUUGAUAAUAAUACAUUAGAAAACGAAUUGCCUACCAACUCUGAAUUCAAUGAUAACUCUAAAAACUCAAAAGUCUCUACAGAAAAUUUGAUAGGAAAAAUUAAAGUACGAGAUCCAAAAACUUUAGUAGAACCUUCAUUAUACAGAAAAUAUAAAAUUUUUUUUCAUGUGCCUAAAACUAAUACAUAUACUACCAGAAAUAGAACAUCUUUAUCAAACUCCAAUCAAAAAAAAGAUUUAUCUUUACAUGAAAUUACAUAUUUAUUUGAAAAAUAUUUUACUAAGACUUUUCAAGAAACGAUAGUAGUAAUGGCGAAUAUUGUAAAUGUAAAUUUAUUAUGUGAAAACGAGCAAGUUCUUAGAUCAAAAAAGAACUCUAUAAAUGAUCAUCAUAAAUUUAUACUUGUGUCCAAGUUCCAAGAUAAUGUUAUGUCGAUUUUACUGAUGAUCGACGAUCCUGACAUUGACCGCAUCACACAGAUAUUGUUUAUGUGCAUGUUGAAUAUCAUUGCACAGUUACAUGUUUCGCAUUUGAAUUUUAAUAAUACCUUUAAAAAUCUUGUACAGUUCUUUAGUAAAAAUCUUCAACGAAGCGAGUCAAAAUUCCUUAAACUAAUCGAAUGCAUAGAAUCUAAAACAUUUCUAUCACAGUGUAAUGUAUUGAUUAAAUUAGUAGAAGUUGCUGGCCGUCACGAUCAUUUCAUGAAGAAUCGUAUGGCAAUAUUUUUCAUGCCUAAACAAAAUAUAAAUUAUUACCAAGCCAUAAUAAAUGCCGUAAUUCAAAAUUUGGAAGUAGAUUUUAUAACAUUGAUGAACGAAGCUACAUUAAAUUGCCGUAAUAGUUGCAAGUUUAAAGAUCCACAUGCUAUUUUUUUGAAAAAUGCAAAGUGCGCCAUUAAAAAUUCGCCAAUACUUUUAAGUACAAACAGAAACGGGGAUCAACAUGGAACAAUAACCACAUCUACCAACGCAAAUAACAAACCUACAAAUCAUAGAAGAUUGAUCGGGAAUAGUACUUCAGAAACGACUACUAAUACAAAUUUGGAAAUUAACUUAGGAAGCAGUAUUUCAAAUACUACUAGAAAUGCAUCUGAAUCAAUAGUUCCUUGUACUUCUAGUACAUCAAUGUACCGUGUAAAAGCACCUGAAAGGGCUACUACUAGUUAUUCUCCAGCACAAGUGGAUAAUAACAAAAAUACUAUUCCAGUGUAUCCUGAUCUAAAACCUAAUAAUACAACAGUUUUUUUAAAAAACACAAAGCAGCAACCACAAUUAAAUAUAAAUAUAACAAAUAAUACAUAUAAUACCAAUGUAACAAUGCCCAGCAAUGAGCAACCUCGGGUUUGUGAAGCAAAUGAUUGUUACAAUAUAGGAACAAUAGUAUGCCAAUUUUGUUAUUUAUCAAUAUACUGUAGCAAAGAAUGUCGGCGGAGACAUCGAGAAUUUGGAAGCCAUAAAUGUAAUAAAGCUAAUAAACCCAUUUAA